CAGCUGUGAGGGGGAUUUGGGGGGGAGCGCCUGUCCUCCUGUCUCUGUCUGCUGUCCGGGUGGGUCCGGCCUUCAGUCGGUGGACUCCAGUACUUUUCCAGCCUUCCCCAUGUCUAAAGUGAACAGCGGGUCUCCUGGCUGCCGAGCCAUGGUGCUGGCUGGGAAGUAUCUGUCGAACACAAACGGGACUUCCGCGGGGGGCUCGGGCCCCAAGCAGCGGAGGGCGUGUGCCCCUCAGAGCCGCACGCUCAGCUCCACGGCAGGAGGCAGAACYGCCGUCUUGGCUCCGCACGAAAACCUGAGCUAUGUGUCCGCCGCGGACCGACACGCGCUUCCGAACCGGAGUCUGAUCUAUCGGGACGUGAAAGCUUUCCUCAAUGAAGUGGGUGGGAACCCGCGGGAGGCCCGRUACUGGCUGACCCAGUUUCAGAGGGCCUCCUCGGCCCAGUCUCCUGCCUUUGCUGUACUGGAGGUGGACGGCUCAGCAUUCCAGAGCAGGGACAUGGUUCAGAGCCUGGCCUUUGCACUGUCCUUCCUGCAGAGGAUGGACAUGAAGCCUGUGGUAGUGAUAGGCCAGACCGAGCACCAGGAGGCAGGUCCCACAGACGUGGUCGCGGGGUCUUUGUGCACCAGAGGUUUAGUGGAGCGAUGCCAGCAGCUGACUGAGGCUCUGCAGCAACACUCAGCCACCGUCCUGCCAUUCUUCUCUUCAGAGUCCUUCCUCCAGCUGCAUGGAGCUGUACAGGGAAGCAGUGCUCCUCCUUCAAUUACUGUUGACUCCUGCCUCCUUCAAUGGAGUCUGGACUGUGGGACCAUCCCGCUGGUUUGUCCUGUGGGGAGGGACGAGCGAGGUUGCUCGAUGAUGUUGGACCCAACGGAAGUCACAGCUGCUAUCUCCCGAGUCCUGCAGCCCCACAAAGUCAUGUUUCUGAACAACUCAGGGGGCCUGCGGAGCCAAAAAUAUAAGGUGCUGGACACUGUGUCACUGCCCGCCGACUUGCCUGGUCUGUCUACGGCGGAGUGGCUGAGUCAAACAGAGCGCCGCAGAGUGACCACCAUCGCCAGACUUCUCAAUCAGCUUCCAACCGACUCUUCUGCUGUGAUCACCUCAGCAGACACGCUGCUCACUGAGCUUUUUAGCCACAAAGGUUCUGGGACACUUUUUAAAAACGGAGAUCCCAUACACCGGUACAGCUCUCUGGAUGAGAUCAACGUGGAGCGUCUGCUGGCUCUCAUCAACAAGUCGUUUGAAAAAACUCUGAGGCAAGACUACAUCAGCUCUCUGAAGGGACGACUGCACUCCAUCUACCUCUCUGAAGGCUACAGUGCAGCAGCCAUCAUCACCAUGGAGCCAGUGAACGGUGGCACACCUUAUCUGGACAAGUUUGUGGUGAGCAGCAGUAAACAGGGCCAGGGGACCAACUACAUCCUGUGGGAGUGUAUUCAACAAGACCUGGGCAAACUGUUCUGGAGGUCUAAAGCAACCAACCGAAUUAAUCCAUGGUACUUUAAGCACUGUGAUGGCAGCUUUGCGAAUGGAGUGUGGACCGUGUUCUGGUACGGCCUGACAGACAUCAGGGACUCCUACGCUCUGGUGGAGCAUGCCAAGAAGCUCCACGACUCAUUCCUCAGCUCCCCCCUCACCUCCUCCCUGCAGUCUCUUCCACCUGCUGCUCAGUCCUGAACCUCUCUUACCUCCUCGUUGCUUUUAGUUCUGCAGCUCCAGAACUUUGCUCUGACUGGACCUUUUCUUCAUCUCUGCUCCAGGAGCCUACAGUGCUUUGUUCCACUUUAGACAUACAGUUACUGAGCAGCUAAUUUUAUUGUGAGACAGAUCACAGGGCUUCGGUUUCGCUAAAGAAAAUCCAACACGGUAACUUUUUUCAGACCAAAAGAACUCUCCACAGACAAACUGUCUCCACUCCAUCUUAAUGUGGUUUAUUAAAUGAAAACACACCCAGAAACUUCAUUCUUCAAGGCAUCCUGCUCAGUUCAUGGACUCGGUAACAUUUCUGUGAUGCUUUAGCUUGUCAGUUUUAAUGUCAUCAACAUUUCCUUUGUGGCAGCUGGAAAAAUCUAACGAUCAGUUCCUUUUUUUAAACAUCAACGCUCAGAUUUUCAGCAUUCUUUCAAGACCAGUGGUGUCCUGGUCCUGGUCCUGGAGGACCACUAUCCGAUGGGUUUCAGCUGUUUUCCUGCUUUUCAGCAGGUCUGCAGGUUCUGUAGAAGCCUAUUAAUCCCCUGUUCAUUGAGAUCAGGUGUGUCGAAGCAGAGAAACAUCUGCAUUUUUGCUGUUUCUGUGCUUUGAGCACCACUGGUCCGGAUGUUUGAUCAACUCACUGAGAUUACUGCAUUCAGAAUAUGUUGUCAGAAAUAAUCAGGAUUAUAAAAUAACUGGCACACAGCUUGAAUUUUGUUGUUUUCAUUGGAGAUAUUUCAUUUGAGUGCUUAUUAGCAUUGUUUCCACAACACAGCAAACACCUUCCUGACUUUAAUUAAAAUAUAAUAUUUGUUUACAUCUUGUUUCCUGCAGAGACAGGUCCUGAGUCCUCAGCAACGCUCAGCUGUAAGGAAGACAGAUAGAAGCAGAUUUCUGCAAGAUGUUGUACAACUUUAUUAGAAGGAUGUGAUUUAAAAUCAUUUUAUCAGUGGAAUGAGCUUUUUUAAAAUAAUAAACUUGAUGGCAUUAACAAGAA